CCUGCAGCCGCGGCAUGUUGGUCCACUUUUGCUUUCGACCUUGCUCCAAUUCCCUCGCUUGUCGAAAUAAAGCUCGCUCCGGUUGUAUCUCAAGUCCGACUUUAUCUAUGGAUUGGAAUCCUCUCCGAAUCUCCCGAGUCUCCCGCAUAGUAUUCGAUUUCAAUCGUUAACCAGAUGACUUUAUUUGCAACUUUGGAGCUUGGCCUUAUCGGAUAUCUCAGAACGUCAUGUUUCUCCGAGUACACACACGUUGUACCCGGGCCUGCCUUGCUCCUGGUCCAUGUAUAUUCUUGCUUCGUUGGGCAUUAUCAUGAUCAUAGGCUAAGUAUCAUCUGCCUCGCUGGUGCCUGUCGAAUGGUUAUGGCGUCAUUUUUACCUCGCUUAAUGCCGUUUCUGCUCAGCCGCUACUUACGAGCUAGAACCCUAAAUUCGGAUGCGGGUGCCUACGUUUACCACAAGGCCUAAAGCCGCGUUGAACCCCGAAUAAGACAUGCUCCGAUAACGUGGUAGCCGAACAUUUACUACGCAGUGGAGCCUACCUCUAUUUUCUGAU